CAUAUUUCCUUAAGCUAAAAUAAGCACUUAUGAAGCACCCCCACCAAUCUAAUUUUGGCUAGUUGGGUCUGCUCAUUUACGGGAGAAAGACAUCUCUGUCCAGGCAGUUUUGCAUAAAAGAAAAUAAUGGCAUCGGAUCUUAGCGCUCGGGAUAUUGAAAGGGCGAAAUUUGCCUUCUCAAUUUAUGACUUUGAGGGGAAGGAUACCGUUGACGCGUUCGAUUUGGGCAGCGUUCUCCGUGCCUUAAGUCUCGUCCCGACUCUGAAAACUGUGGAGAAAUUGGGUGGAGAGAAGAAAAAGGGACAAAAGAAAUUCACGAUUGAGGAAUUUUUGGCAAUUUACUCUCAAGCCAAGAAGGAUACAGAUGUGGGAAAUUUUGACGAUUUUAAGGAAUGUCUCAAACUUUAUGAUAAAUCAGAGGAUGGGACCAUGAUCUUUGACGAAUUGAGACAUAUCCUUCUCGCCAUGGGAGAGAAACUGGAAAUGGACGAAGUCAACGAAAUCAUUAAGGAUUGUGCCGUUCCACCAGAUGAGGACGGAUUUACACGUUACCAAGUUUUCUUGGACAAAUUAAAGGCAGGCCCGUUUAAAGAGGAAGAGUAAUCAAUUCAGGAAAGAGUCAGAUUCGCACUGUCCCUAAAUUUGUAGUGAAAUUUAUUCUUUUCUAAAUUAUAGCUUAAUCAUCCUAAUUUCCAAGCGAGACAUAAAUAAUUAUCCAAAUAAAUACAUUUAAUGUUCAUAUUAAGGAACACAAAUUUAAUAUCCCGAAAUAUAAACAAUAAAAUAAAUUUGCAAGAAUCAA